AUGCGGGUUAUCAGCCUGCGGUACCCAGACAUCCGCAUUAAAGGCGAGAAUUACCUCCUUCAACCCAUAUAUAGACACAUAGCAUCUUUCCUCUCAGCCUUCAAAUUAGUAUUAAUAGGCUUAAUAAUUGUUGACAAGGAUCCUUUUGCUUUCUUUGGCAUGCAAGCUCCUAGUAUCUGGCAGUGGGGCCAAGAAAAUAAGGUCUAUGCAUGUAUGAUGGUUUUCCUCUUGUGCAACAUGACUGAGAACCAGUGUAUGUCAACAGGUGCCUUUGAGAUAACUUUAAAUCAUGUACCUGUAUGGUCUAAGUUGGAAUCUGGUCACCUUCCAUCCAUGCAACAACUUGUUCAAAUUCUUGACAAUGAGAUGAAGCUCAAUGUGCAUAUGGAUUCAAUCCCGCAUCAUCGAUCAUAGCCCCCACCUAUCAGCACUGAAAACUCUAUUACAUUAAGGGAUUUUUGCCAGAGCAGCGUGACUGACAGUAUGAAGGCCUGUGCUGAAGACAGCAAGCUGUUAGUACAGACCAGACGCUUUCUUGGCAGCCUCGUUGUACCUCUUGGAAAACCUCAAUGCAAGAGAGCUUUCUAGUGCUGGCGCAUUUUGGAAUUCAGCACAUUCGUGGAGUGCAAUAAUACUGUAUAGCUUUCUUCCCCCACAAAUUCAC